AUGGAAAUUAACUGGCAGCAAUUAUUUGAAAAUAAAAACACUAACGAAUGCUAUGAACAUCUCUGCAAUAAAUAUGAUAAACUCAGCAAGCAAUUCAUCCCGUUAAAAAAAGUCCAUUCUACUCGUAAUGCACCGUGGAUGAAUAAGGAAGUAUUAGCUAUGAUAAAGAAAAAACAACAACUGGGCAAUUACUUAUCUAUGACAAACUGGGGAUCAACGACCCUCAUUUGUGAAUAUAAGAAACUAAGACGCCAAGUUCAGAAAGCAUGUACACAUCGUGUUCAAGUAUUUGAAGCCCAACUGGCAUCAGAUAAAAAUAAUCCAAAAAGAAUGUAUGCUUAUGCUAAAGCUCAACAGAACGUACAUGUAUCUAUUGGCGUUAUAUCAGAUGCAAAAGGUGAAACGUUAACAGAGGCAAUACAUAUCGCAAACAGACUUAACGAACACUUUAAAUCAGUUUUUGUUGAUGAUAGCAUAAAUGAUCAGUUACCGGUUUUUAAGAGAAGACAUAAUCAAGAAGACUUAGGCGAUGUAAUAAUAAGUUUUGAAGCAACGCUAGCCUAUUUGAAUGGUUUGAACCCGAACAAAUCUAUUGGUGUUGAUAAUAUUAGUCCAAAAGGACUUAAAGAAUGUGCAGCUCAAAUGACUUACCCUCUAACAUUAAUUUACAAUAAAACACUGUCUGAAGGCUCAACACCUUUAGCCUGGAAGCAGUCACAUGUUACACCGUUGUUUAAAAAAGGGAGUCGUCUUGAUGCCGCUAAUAGACCAGUGACUAUCACUUCAGUUCCAUGUAAAGUAAUGGAAAAGAUUUUCAAGGAACAGAUAACUAAAUAUCUUGAAAAAACGAGCUGCAUCUCAAAUAAUCAACAUGGAUUUAUGUCCAUAAAAGGAUGCACGUCUAACUUAUUGGAAAGUAUCGACUACAUUACAAAAGCGUUAAGCAAAAGAAAUUUUGUUGAUAUUGCAUUUUUGGACUUUGCAAAAGCGUUUGAUAAAGUUUCUCAUCGUAAACUAAUACAUAAAUUGAAAGCAUAUGGGAUCAAUGGUAAUGUUAGCAAAUGGAUUGAGUCAUUUUUGACUAGCAGAAAACAACGAACAGUUUUAGUUCAUAAAAUUUAUGCUGAUGAUACUAAACUGUUGCAAGAAAUAAGACCUGAGUUUCACGAUGCUGAUUGUCUGAUUCUUCAAAAUAAUUUAAACAUUAUCUCAGAGUGGUCAAAAGAAUGGCUUAUGGAAUUAAAUGUUGCAAAGUGUAAAGUUAUGCACCUUGGUCAUGGAAAUAUAAAUCAUGAAUAUGUAAUGAAUGAUGGUAAUACAUUUCUUAUUAUAGCGGCAACGGAUAUUGAAAGAGACCUGGGAAUCUUUUUAUCUAACGAUCUAAAAUGGAAUCAACAAAUACAGCACAAAGCACCAAAAAUUCCUUAUGAUAUAACAAGUUUACCUUAUGCUGAAAGGUGUCGGCGUCUCAAUUUUACUUCUUUGGAAACUCGCAGGCGACGCGGCAACUUGAUCCAACAGUUUAAACUUGAAAAUGGUUUUGAAAUUAUUAUUUGGCAUAAUCCACCUCUUUGCAGAUCACCAUCCAACGUACUAACGCGUGAUUUCACUUACAUUAAUGCUCGACAUAAUUUCUUCACAAAUCGUAUUGUGAAUGAUUGGAAUUGUUUACCGUUGUCAUGCAAAAAAUCUCCGUCAAAUAACGCAUUCAAAAGUAGAAUUGACAAGUAUUUUUUUCCUACAGCUGCAAACAGUGCAUCUUUUACUGAAGAUGAGCUGCACGUUUAA